AUGGGAUCCAUCCCGGAAGUUCUCAACGUCGAUGCCCUUGUUGUCGGGGCCGGUGUUGCUGGAAUCUACUCCACCUACCGACUCUCUCGCGCCGGUCUCAAUGUCCAGUGCAUCGACACGGCCAGCGAUGUCGGUGGCACCUGGUACUGGAAUACCUAUCCGGGCGCUAUGAGCGACACCGAGACCUACCUCUAUCGCUAUUCAUGGGAUAAGGAGGAUCUUCGUUCUUACCCGUGGUCCAACCACUACGUCUACCAGCCCGAGAUCCUCCAGUAUCUACGUCACGUUGUCGAGCGCCAUGACCUCCGAAAGUACAUACGAUUCGAUACUGAGAUGCAAAAGGCUGUUUGGGAUGAACAAAGAUCAAUCUGGGUCAUCUCCUGCUCUGGGGAUCUGGUCAUCCACACCCGUUACUUGGUCAACUGUCUGGGCCUCCUUUCUAAACCCAAUUAUCCCGACAUCAAGGGUAUCUCAUCCUUUGCUGGCGACCUCAUCCAUACGGCCAAGUGGGAUCACUCUGUCGAGCUGCAAGGCAAGACAGUCGGCAUCAUUGGGAAUGGAUCCACGGGCGUUCAGGUCAUGACGGCCAUCGCCCCCAAAGUCAGCCGUCUUGUCUCCUUCCAGAGACACCCCCAGUACUCGGUCCCUAGCGGACAGGGUCCUAUCGCUACUGGUUAUCGCGACAAGAUCAACCAGAAUUACGACCAGAUCUGGAAGGAUGUCUGGGCGUCCUCCACGGCGUUUGGAGUACCGGAGACAACAAGGAAGACAAUGGAGGCCACGCCCGAAGAACGUCAACAGGCUUUCCAAGAGGUCUGGGACCAAGGAAACGGCUUCCGCUUCAUGUUCAGUGCCUUUGGUGAUCUGACGACAAACCUCGAAGCCAACGAAGAAGCCUGCAAGUUCCUCCGCGGCAAGAUCGACGAGAUCGUCAAGGAUCCUCACAAGGCCAAGGCCCUCAAGCCUUGUGAUCUUUAUGCCCGACGACCUCUUUGCGAUACCGGCUACUACCAAAUAUUCAACCGCGACAAUGUUGACAUUGUCGACCUUCGGGAAACAGCCAUAGAGAGGAUUGCCCCGGAAGGGAUUGUGACAGCCGAUGGCACCUUGCACCGCCUUGAUGUGCUCAUCUUUGCUACGGGAUUUGACGCCAUUGAAGGCAACUAUCUUCGCAUUCAGAUCACUGGACGCGACGGAAAAUCGAUUCAGAAGCAUUGGGAAACAGGGCCCACGGCCUACGGUGCUGUGGCCUGCUCCGGGUUCCCCAACAUGUUUCUUGUGUCGGGGCCGCAAGGCGCAUUUGCAAACUUCCCAGUGGUCAUCGAGAGUGAGGUUGACUUUAUCACCGAGUGCAUCCUCCACUCGGAAAAGAAGGAGUCCCAUCGGGUCGAGGUCUCAGCCAAGGCCGAGCAGCAGUGGAGCGAGCUGUGCGACCAGCUUGUUGAGGGGUCGCUGUUCAAGACCACUGCAAGCUGGAUCUUUGGAUCUAAUGUCGAGGGACGCAAGUCAAGCACCAAGUUUUACUUUGGGGGGUUGAAUCGCUAUCGUGAGUGGACUCGCAAGGAGGCUGCUGCUGGUUUUCCCGGGUUUUCAUGA